CAGCCAUAUGUCGUGGAGAUACGUAUAUACCACUGACGAAUAUUGCGUGAAUACAACAACAUGGGACAGAGAGUAAUACCAGAGCAGCGACGAUCGACAGUGUGAUAGCUGUUUUGAAGAGAACAGAGAUGAUGGAAACUGAGGGAGCUUUCACACUGGAGGUUCAGAUAUAUGUGAACACAUCCACCCCCAGUCGUAUCCAGACGGUCACGCUGUGUAAUGUGUUGUCAUUUGUCUGCCGAUGUCCUACAUGCAGUAAGACUUUCAACUCUCACCUCACACUGAAAGCUCACAUGAAAACUCAUCUCCAAACCUUCGAAAACAUCGAACAAGUUGUCACGGAAACGGAAAAGCUGAAAUCAGCAGAGGAAAACUACACCUGUGUAGCCGCGGUACAAAGCGGAGAGCAGCAUUUUAUAUUCAUUACGCAGGAUCCAGACAUGGAGCAAAAUGAGGAGAAUGUAGACGGGUUGGGCAGAGUUCUGCAGCCAUCAAAGAAGCCAAGGGUCAAGAAGGAUUCUGUCGACCCUACUGGAACUCCGAUGAGACGGCAUCCUUGUACAGAGUGUGACUUGUCUUUCCCGACCCGCACAAAGCUGGAUAUUCACAUCCGCACACACACCGGGGAGAAACCGUUCUCUUGUGACACCUGUGGAAAAAGGUUUGUUACCCGCGGAGAACUGACAGUGCACGUGCGAGUUCACACGGGCGACAAGCCGUACAAGUGCAACCAGUGCGGGACGUUCCACCGCACACGCAGCAGUCUGCACGGCCACAUUCACCGCUACCAUCAGGAAAAGGCGUACAUGUGCACUGUCUGCGAGAAGAAAUUUGCCAUUAAAAGCUACUACAUGGCUCACAUGAGGAUCCAUGAUGAAAGCAAUCCGUUCAAAUGCCAUUUCUGUGAGAAAGUCUUUGCUUACAAGAGCUUCUUGGACAAACAUGUGAAAACACAUGGCAGUCAGGAUCCCCCUGCCGCGAUGCAGUCACCGAUGAAAAAGAGGAAGAAGAAAGAAAGGAAGGGGAAAGGUAAAAAGGCAAAGAAGAACGAGGAUUCUGAUGAAGAGGAAAGCGGUAUAGUGUCGACGGCAGAGAAAGAGAAAAUUGCGGUUGAGGUGUUGCAGCAAGGACGGGCAGCUGGCGAUGCUGCGCAUCAAGGGAAAGCUGUGGAAAAUGUGGAAAUGAAUGCAUCAGAGCAGGGCAUAAUGAUGACCAAUCAAGAGCAAGGUACAAGUCAGGGAACAGCGACUGGUACACAAGUGGUCAUGCCGGGUAAUUCGCAGCUACCUCCGCCCCCACAUUCCAUCAAGCUCUUGGAAGCGGAGACGGGCAAAGAAACUGUGUUUGAAUUAGAAACGACCAAAAAUGGAACGUCAGAAACUAUAUACGUGGCUCUGGCGGAAGCAGAUUUGAAUGCUGCGGUAUCAGGGCAGCCAAUGGGUUUGCAAGUAGUCCCAGUGGAUGAGCAGCAAGCUGUCCAAGCUGUCUUGUCACAGGCAGACUUAGCUGGGCAGAAAAUUCAGUUUGUGUCCGAUCCAGAAAUGGGGAUGAUGGUGGUGACGGGUGACAUGCCUGGGGUCGUCCUGGGUGAUGCCAUUCAGUCACAGAGCACCAUUCAGACAGUUACCCCGCAAGUGGACGCCAUUUUGGGUGGCGCAGGAGUGCAUGUUACGACGGAGACGCAGCCACAGGAAGACGUCACGGCCUCGGAGUAUGCAAGGCGUGUCGACGCUGUUGUACAAGAGCUUGAGAAGCGCAUCAACACGAGUGAAUGACUGAUGUGACUGAGUGUGUGAGUGAAAUCCUUAUUUACAUAUCUCCCGAUGGGUCAAAUAGCACUUUGCACCCUGUGAAAAUGAGAUGUGGUUCCUAUGACCGUGUAAAAACUGAAAUACAGUGAACUGUCUCCUGGUCUCAUACGGUAACAUGAGAGGCCUGUUGUACAAACUGUACAUUUGUUGUGCCUUCAGAGCAAUAAGUAAUAAAUGUAGCAUGGCUGAGGUCAUUCUAAUAAACACAUCAUGUUUUUGGCCAUAACCCCGCUGAUCCGUCACUGGCCUGUUCCACUAAGCGUAAACCAUUGGCACCUUCCGCAACUUCCAUGACAUGAUACGUCACCAUGGUAAGGGCAGUUGAUGUAGCAUCAUGACAGCUUUGUUAGACGGGCUCCUUACUAACUCCAGGGGGCCACUUUCACAAAACUUUAUACAUGAAAGUCAUAUUCCUUGUAACUUUUCAUGAUUAAUAUUGGUUAUGUUAACAAGAAAAGUUGCAGAAAUUUGAUAUACAUUGCUUUGUUAUAAAUGUGUCCAGCUCCAACAUGUUUUGUCUCUUUGAAUGCGCAUUUUCUUAUAUGAAUACAGGUAUUUAUUUCUGCAACAUUUAAUUUUCACGAAAAGAUUUCUGAACAAGUGAAAGAAAUUUU